GACUAUUUGUCACUCCUUCCAAAGAGAAGGAAAACAGUUGGUGGCAGAUACUCAGUACCAUCAGGUAUCCAGCAAAGAGAUUAAGUCUCCUUUUCUCCAUGCUGGGAUACUCAGAGUUUUACUUCAAUGUGGACCAUGGCUACUUGGAGGGUCUGGUCCGAGGAUUCAAAGCUGGGAUCUUGACAAGUUCAGACUAUGUCAAUUUAGCACAGUGCGAGACACUAGAAGAUCUGAAGUUACAUCUACAGACGACAGACUAUGGCAACUUCUUGGCUAAUGAAACUGGUCCUCUCACUAUUUCUACCAUCGAUGACAAAUUGAAAGCAAAACUACUCACAGAAUUUCAUUACUUUAGAAACCAUGCUUUUGAACCACUUGCCACUUUUCUGAAUUUUAUCACAUACAGCUAUAUGAUUGACAAUGUAAUUCUUUUAAUAACUGGCACACUACAUCAGCGGCCCAUAGCUGAACUUGUUCCCAAGUGCCAUCCACUGGGGAGAUUUGAGCAAAUGGAAGCAGUCAGCAUUGCCUCAAACCCCACUGAGCUGUUCAAUGCAAUUUUGGUUGAUACACCAUUAGCUGCUUUCUUUCAAGACUGCUUGUCUGAAAAUGACCUGGAUGAAAUGAACAUCGAAAUAAUGCGCAACAAACUGUACAAGUCUUACCUUGAGGCGUUUUAUAAGUUUUGUGAAAAACAAGGUGGUACUACAGCAGAAAUAAUGAGACCUAUUCUUGAGUUUGAGGCAGACAGACGUGCCUUUAUCAUCACCAUUAAUUCAUUUGGCACUGAGCUGAGUAAAGAUGACCGAGAGAAGCUGUAUCCAACCUGUGGAAAACUGUAUCCAGAAGGCUUACACCUGUUGGCCACUGCAGAUGACUAUGAGCAAGUGAAGUGUGUUGCAGAUUACUACGCAGAAUAUAAGGCUGUGUUUGAAGGUGUAGGGAGUGGCGCUGUCGAAAAGACACUGGAAGAUGCAUUUUUUGAACAUGAGGUAAAGCUGAAUGUGCUUGCAUUCAACAACCAGUUUCAUUUUGGAGUAUUUUAUGCCUAUGUAAAGUUAAAGGAACAGGAAUGCAGGAAUAUUGUAUGGAUUGCUGAAUGCAUUUCUCAGAGACACAGAACCAAAAUUAACAACUACAUUCCAAUUUUCUAAAUCUGAGGAUUUAUAAUCCUACAAUGCCUGAGAAGAUGCAUUAUUUCAUUGAAAAGAAGAUAUAUGAUUUAAAAAUUUAACCCUUAAAAGAUGUUUUAAAUUGUAUUAAUGAUCCUCCGUAUAUACAGCAGUGUAAGAAAAAGUAAUCCAAUUAGAGAUAUGAGUACUUUAUAAGGAAAUAUUAAUAGACUUAUUCAUAGUUUCUGUUGAUAGAUUUGUUCUCCGCUGUGCCUAUUUUAAUUUAAUUGAUCAAUAAAAUCUCCAUGCAAGGUCAUACAUAAUCUUUCUCUUAAUGGCUUAGUUUUGAAUUAACGGUUUUAUCAAAAGACCAACUAAACCACUACUUCUGUCUUACACUCAUAGUCUUCUUCAUUGCAUACAAGAUUGUAUGAAGGACUUGAUACACAAAUGAGAGAGAAACUUUAGAGUUACUCUGAGAUUCCCCUUCAGGAAUCUCAAAGAGAAAGCUUCCUGAACCUUGCUAACUGUGACACUUCUCUGCAGCUAAAUGUAAAUAAGUAACUUAAUUUCAUGAAAAUGUUUUCAUUUAUUCCUUUAUGGUCACGUGAGGAGCACGGUAAGUGUCAAACGGGUGUCUGAUCUACUCCACAGCAAUACAAAUAUCUCCUGCCAGCACACCAAAGACACUGUCUUCAUGUACGCACCGGGGAAGAUUAUGAAACAUGAAUGAAAAUACCAGCCAAGUCUGUAUCAGUUUUACAUCAGACACAAACAACACCAGCGCUGAGCUAUUUGAGGACCUGGCUAAGAUCAGUAACUAAAAAUAGAGUGAACACUUGAAGACAGAUUGUAGCAGGUCAAGAUUAAGUCUGCUGAAGAAAAAGGGAGCAUUUUGAAAGCCAUACCAACAUUCUGCUGUCCUACCCCAUUCAAAAAAUUUGUCCUUUUAUCUUUGAAACAG